ACCACCGACCUCGGUUACCCCGAAUGAAAAUGGCUGAUGUGCGUAGCGGAUAUGUUAAGUUAUUAAUAUCGGUUGUAAAGUUUUAUUGAUUUUUUUUGUGCGUGUAUGUUUCUUGCUAUUGUUGAAUAAGUUCCGAAUGAAUGGCGAAAGACGGAUUACAUGAAACGAUGGGGUUGCUGAACCCCCUCGCAUUUUAUCCGCUGUGGUGUAAUUAUAUUCUGUCAAUAAGCUAUGUGGUUUAGUACUCACUCCCCUGUGAGACAAUGUAUCACAAGCUUUACGGCGUGUAGAUGACGUUUUUGUGUCUGUGAUUCCGUCUCAUUUAAGACUAGCAAAAUUUGGACGAACUCUUAAUAUAUCGUACAGUGUGUGAUUCAGGUUAUGGCAGGGAAGUGUUUGAUGUGAGGAAACUUUGCCGUUUUUAUGCCUGUUGUUUGUCAUAUACGAGGCAGCAGUCAUGCCUGGGCAAGACACAAAUCCAGCUGAUCACAGUUCAGAUAUGAAUGUAGAAUUGGACAACAGUUGGGAGAAUGGCAGACCAUCCAGUUCACCAUCUACAGUUAACAGGGAAAGUGAUGCUCGUCAAGAAACAUCACCAUCAAACACAACAAAUGAUAAUUCCUUCCAGCUGUGUCAAACUAUACAACUGGAGGACAGUGUGGACUGGAGCCAUAGAUUGCCCUCAACCUCAGCAUCACCACUUACAUGGCAAAACCAUACUCAUGAUGAACCAGGUCCAUCAGCUUCAGCAAGUAACAGCACUUUUCGGAAUUACAUUUAUGGGGGCUCUUCUGACAGUGGAAGUGAAAGUGAUGAUACUCAAGCAAACUGCCCUAUCUGCUUUGUUUCCCUACUAAAUCGAGAAGUAGCCACACCGGAUUCAUGUCAGCACUACUUCUGCUGCCCAUGCCUUAAACAGUGGUCAAAGACUGUAACAACAUGUCCAGUUGAUCGACGCAAAUUUAAGUUAAUUCUUGUCAGGAAUAAUAUAGGAGGACAAGUUAUUCGUGUAGAUCCAGUGGAUCCAGUUUCUGUACAGUCAUUUAGUGACAAUGAUGAUGAUCCCACAUUUUGUCAGGUGUGCCACCAAAGAGACAGAGAGGACAGAAUGUUACUUUGCGAUUAUUGUGAUAGUGGGUUUCAUCUGGAGUGCCUUAACCCACCCCUGGAGGCAGUUCCUGAUGGCGAUUGGUUCUGUUCUAGAUGCCAGUUGCUGGAUACAAGAAAUACUGAACAAAAUCAGGGUAGAGUCACCUGGGUGAGAGUGCCGACUUUCCCAGUUGGUCUAGGAGGACGCCGUGUUCAGUGCGUAAGGGUGCCACCAGUAAACCGACAAGUUGAAGAAAUUGUAAGCGUAUCUUCUGAUGAUGAAUUAGAGCUUGAAGUUGUUACUAGAAGUGGAAGAAGAGUUAGAAGACCUUCAGUUUCAUCAAAUUCUGACAGUGCCAGGACACAGCAGAAAACACCUGCUAAAAAUGGACCAGCUGAACAAACAUGUACUGCGAGAAAGAAAGUGACAAGACGGGCACCCUCACCCCGUGGAGAGCAGUCAUUUUUUCGUACACAACGGCGGCGGCAGCGGCAGAGGCAGAGGCAGAGGCAGAGGCAGAGGCAGAGGCAGAGGCAGAGGCAGAGGCAGAGACAGCGGAAUACUUCUGAAAGCUCUGCACAGACUGUGGAGGAUAGUGAAGAAGAAGAUGAUGAUUCGACUGUAAGAAAAUCUGGACGAUCCCGUUUAGCAGAAAAUCUGGGACUGGUUCCAUGCCGUCGAUCACAGAGUUCUAGUACUGCACAUGCCCCAGUGCCAGCUUCCAGUCUCAAUCGGCAACGGGUAUCAGCUGGUAUUCCUACGUUGAACCUGUUUGGAAAUGAUAGUCUCGACUACUUUUCUGAUGGGUCAGACGGUGAAAAUGGAAAUGAAGGUGGUGGCACUAGUAUGUUGUGCCACCGAUCUAGGUCGUCACCAACAACAGCAAGACGUUUGGCUGCAAGAAAACUGUCUCAAAGCUUGAUGAGCAGCACACCAAGGCCUCAUGUUAAUUCGAAUCCUCGGCCAAGCACCUCACGUGACACUACUUCAAGUAGCCGCCACAAUCUCCUGGACUCCAUAAUGGAAAGCCAAGGCCUAUGGCAUUCAAGGAAUACGACCAUGUCUCUUAGGAGAGAUGGUACAAUUACUAUUAAAAAGGCAUCCAAAGUGGAGAGGCCAAGUAAGGCAAUGUCUGGUAGUGAUGAUGGACAAAGCAUUUCUAGGUUUACAGAAUCCUCAGAUGGAUAUCGGGAAAGGAUACAACAUGACAGUAAUCCACAAGAAUUGCCCUCCCAUAUUUUCAAUCAAAGGGAUGCAAUUAGUGUUGUCCCUGUUGCAGAUAGUGGUCCUAACAUUUUUACCAGCCAUGCUGGUAGUAGUGGAUCUUCGAACAAUGUGGGUCAACAAACAUGUGUAAAUAGCAGAUUUCCAUGGGAGUCCCAUACAAGUAACCGAGUAAAUGUUACAGACAACCAGACAAGAGUUUCUCAAGUUCCACUCUAUCCUGGUAACUCCAACUCAAGAUCUCCUGGAUCAUCUGGAUCAUAUCAUCAUAAUAAGGACAGUCAGUAUGAAAGGACAUCAACUUCAUCAUACCAGUAUAGUGGACAUAUGUACUCAGGUACCCAUCUUUCUGGAUUUGAUAGUGAUAGAGGUCAUUUGGGAUAUACAGGCUACUUGGGUCCAGAGAACAGUUCUACCACAUCAGAUUUACCAAAUCCUGGUAGGUUCAAUUUAUUACCACAAUUUCCAGUAAGGCGAACACAUCCUCAUCCUUCCACAUCCCUCAGUGCUAGCAGCACCGAUGAAAGGCAACUCGAAGAGAGUGACUUUCUUGAUGACCAAGAUAUCUCAAGUGGAAAGUCAUCAAAUGAGAGAGACACUAAGAAAAAUACUUACCGGAAAGUUACAGAAGAUGACGACUUAGAUAUUUAUAGUGACAUUGAAGUAUCCAGUGCUGGUGGACAAAAUUGUGCUUCUGAGCAUGAAGAUAAUGAACGUAAUUUUGAUGUUCUUCCUCCACCCCCAGAACCUUCAGCUUUACUUAUAGGGCUUGGUGAACAAGAUUCUAGUGAUAGUGAAACAAAUGAUUCUUUAGUAAUAGAUAUUCGUCCCAAUCCAGAUGACCAUACACAUAAGGAUAAUGUUACCAAAUCACCAGAUGAGUCCGAAAAGUAUGAUCCAGCUGUCCCAUGUGAUGAUAGUGAUGAUGAUGAUGAUGAUGAGCCACUUGUAUCUCAGAAUCUGCAUAAAGAAGACAUUCCACUCCCACCAUGCCCUCCUUCAUCGGAGAAGGUAGAUAUGAGUACUUCAAAUGCAAGUUACUUGCAGUCACCAACUUAUGGUGAGCUGAGCAAACAGUGUUCUGUUCAUGUUACUGAAGCUGUAACAGAAGCAGUGAAGGAGGUGAUCAACAGUACUCUUCAGAGCUCUUCAGCAUCCAUUAACAAGGCUCUGGCAUCUGGUGAUGAAGACGAUGAUGAGGGAGAAUGUCCCAAUUUCUCUAUCUACUCAGCUGACAGUAUGGACAUAGCCCGGAAAGCAACUGAAAUACCGGAAGAGAAUACAGGUGCUUUAGAUAAGAGUGAUCCUGUCACUGUCAUGACAGAUGAAGACAAAGCAGAGGUUGAAAAGUGUGAGGCAAAAUCUGAUAUUCUGGAGAUGCCGAUUGAAUCGAGUAGUGACCAUAACAACCAAGAGAGCAGAGAUAAUGAUGAACAGAUGGAAGAGUCAGGAUCAAUUUCAGAAGUGCAACAUGAACCAUUAGAAAAUAAUGAUGAUAUGAUUGAACGUUUGUCAAAAACUCUUCAGUGCAGCAGCCGCAGCAGCAGUAGUUGUAGCAGUAGCAGCAGUAGCUGCUGUAGCAGCAGUAGUAGCAGCAGUGGUAGUAGUUCCAGCAGUAGUACUGACGGUAGUUCUAUUAGCCAAAACACUAGUUGUGAAGAACCAAGCAAAGUUGUCACGUCCGAAGAGAAAGACACUACUGCUAUAGCUGUUGAACAAAUAGCUGACCAAAUGAGUAAUCUCAGUGCCGUUCAUCCUGUUACGUCAAGUGCCUCUGAAAACCACGAAAAAAGUGCAAUCAGAGAUGAGAAUGAUCCAAAAAACCAUGAAGAUGUGAAACUAGAUGUGUCCGGAGAGACAGAAAAUCUAGUGGAAGGAGCUGCUUCUGCAGUAUCUGCAGUGUCACCAAAUAAUGCAACAGGUUCACAAAAUAAGACUGCAUUGCCACUAAGUAACACAGCGUCAUCACUGAAUAGUAGUCUCCCUGCUGCAACUCCAGUUGGACUGGAAGGUCUGGACACUGAAACAAUAUCAGAAACUGAGGAAGCAAUAAAUUUUGAUGAUGAUAUGAGUCAUGAUGAAACUAGUUUUUUGAGUGAAGAAGAUGGUGAAAUUUCCCCUCAAAAGAAAAGAAAGAAAGCUACUGAUGAAGUGAAAGAUAACAGCAAAGCUGACAACGAUGUGUCUGCUGAGAAACCACAGCUUGAAAAAGACCUGUCUCCUGCUGAAACAGUGGACUAUGAGGAGGGUGAAAUAGUAGAUGAGCGUCCAAGACUGACUGAUGUCACUCAGAAAGAUAAAAUUUUAGACAAAGAUAAAAGACUUGAAAGUAAUGAAAUAAGAUCUGCAGAUGAAGCAGAAAUGAGUGAGUCUUCUGUACACGCAGGAAUUGAAGAAGAGAAGAAGAAAAAGAAAAAGAAAUCUACGGACAGAGACAGGGACAGGGCAGAUUUGAGUGUAAAUGAUGAUGAUGAAACAGUAAAGGGAAAAGGCAGUACAUUAGAUGACUCUAUAUCAUGGAAGAAACCAUCUAAAGGAACUAAGGAAAGAAACUAUAGAGAUAGCAAGAGUAUCAAACCAACAGAGAAAGGUAAGGAUGGAAGCAGAAAGGAAAAUGAAGAUAAAGAAUUACCUAAAAAAGAGAAGAAAAAGAAGGAGAAAAGAAAAGACAUGGAAAGAUAUGAUGUCAGAAAAAUAGUGAGUGAUAAAAAGAGAAAGCGGAAAGAUGAAUUUGGCCGUGAUCUCUCACGGGAUCGUUCAUAUAGUAGGUCACGGUCACGUUCCAAAUCACGUGGCAAGUCUCGUGACAGAUCAGUAUCUUUGUCAAGAUCAAAGACUAAUCGUGCAAAAGGCCGCUCGUCACCAAGGAGGUCAAGACAUCGAUCCCGCAGUCGUUCUCGUAGCAGGUCAUAUAGAUCGAGAAGUAGAUCAAAAAAUAAAUCUAUAUCAAAAUUAAAAGAUAGGAAUCGAAAGAGCCGUUCAAAAGAAAGACAGAGAAAGGCGAGUCGAGAUCGCUCCAGGAGCAGAAACAGAAGAAGUCGGUCAAGAUCAGGCAGCAGGCUCAGAAAUAGAUCAAGAAGCAGAUCCAUCCACAAGUCAAGGGAAGGUAAAGACAGAUCUAGAGCAGCUACCAGACAAAAAAGACCUCCAAAGAAUCGUCGAUCGUGGUCACGCACAUGGACAUCAUCGUGGUCUCGGUCAAGAUCACGAUCUGUUUCCUGCUCAUCUUAUUCCCGAUCUCCUUCGCCAUCAGCAAGACGGUACAAUCGAUCUUACUCAAGGUCUUUCUCCAGAUCCUGGUCUAGAGAACGACACGAAAGAGUUCCAUUGCUUGAAAAAAAGACCAACCCUGUUGCAAAGCCACCAAAAAAACUCACUGUUAUAGUAAACAAUAGCAAGGAGGAUAGUGAUAGGCAACGAAAGAAAGAUAAAAAGAAGAAGGACUCGAGAAAAUCCAAAGACCAGUCAGGAGCAGAGAAGCGCAAGAAGCGGAAAGAGAGAUCUCCGUUGCCAUCCAAAGAAGUUUUCACUUCUGGUGACAAUAUUCUAGUUAGCGUGAAUUUCAACAAAUCAAAUAAAGGACCCGGUGCAAAAGAUGCUGCUGUCGCUGCAGCUGCAGCUGUUACAUCAGCGUCUAUAUGUGCCUUGCCUAAAGAUUCAUCUAAGCGAAAACAAAGAGAAGAUACAUUUGAUGUAGGUAGGCAAACAACUAAAAAAUCCAGGAAAGAUAAAAGUGGGAAAGAAAAGACAUCCAAAGCCUUAAAUAAUGCAGCAAAUACUGAUAAAACUCUGAACAGAAGAUCCAAAAAGGGAGCAAAGGGGGACAAGAGAUUGGCUGCAUUACUUAGGCAAAAACCAGUUGCAAUAAUUGAUUUAGAUCAAUCACCAUUUCGUGAACAAACCCCUUCACCCAGAGAUCUCAUAGUUCUGAGUGACAGUGAUGAUGCACAACGAGAUAAAGAAACUGAAAUGGAAGAUGGAAUUAUGACCAGGAUGAUGCACCAGGAAAUACUCAGUCCACAAAACUCUCUCAAAAUGUCUGCAACAGCACGAACUCCUGAAUCUCAGUCACCAGUUAUGAGUUCUGUUGGUAACUACCUGAAUACUAGUACAGGUCCUAAGACACCGCCUGAACCACAAAUAAAGUUUUCAAUAGCUGCAAAACCUCAACUGCGCUCAAUUAGUAAUCCGUUAAGAGAAGAAGAUGAUGAUUUAAUGGCUGAGGACACUGUACUGGAUGAAUCCGAUAGACAGAUGGAUGAGGACCUCGACAGGGACAUAAUGCAUAAAGGUCCCAAUACACCACCUGAACCACGAGGACCAACAACUCCAUGUUCUCCACCUAUUUCACCUGAUGCUUAUGAUCCAUUUGAUCCCACAAAAUCAGGUACACCGUCACCUGUAAGAGAAGAAGUACAUAUUGAUGAACUCCAAAGUCCAAGUGGUACACCAUGUGAAGAAGUGAUGCAGCAUUCUGUAGGUGUGACUGAUUCCCCUAUUCAAAGUGACCCAGAUGAUACAGCAAAGAAAACUUUAGAAAUGUCAUCAGAGAUUCCACUAAUACAGUCUUCUGACAAUUUGCGGGAUGAUGUGACUCUUUCUCCAGAUAGAACAAAAUCUCUAACCAUGAUUGAAAGUAUGUUAGGGAGCUCACCAUCAAAUAUUGAUGAAUCUGUUGUUGGAGCAUCACAGCAUCAGUUGCAAGUGGAAGUUUCUCCUUCAGAGCCAGGCGAAAAGUCAAGUACCUUGUCUGUUACAAUGAUAGUGCCUAUGAACUCUGACAUUACCCCAUUAUCACCAGAAAUAAAAAUUAUUCCAAUGACAGUUCAGCAACAGAAGCUUCUCAAACAGAAUAUAGUGCAGCAGCCUGUCACAUCUACACCUACACAUUGUAGCACACCAAGUAAUUAUUCAAACCUACCCAGUAGUAUUGCCAGUACUCCAAUUUCACCUUUAACAAGUACACCUGUGAGCCGAUCAAAUGUCUUUAGCACUCCAAUUACCAUUACAGUUCCUCAGCUAUCAUCUCAUCACCUUCCACACCACCUCCCAAGCUCUCCUGUUGUGUCUCAGCAGAGAACAGUAGGUAUCAAAACUGUUCCAGAGAAAGUGACAGCUAUUUCGUACGUGAAAAGUGUGCCACAAAGGCCAACAGGACAACAGAAUGGUGAUCAGAAGGAACAGAUACAAGAUACAUCUACAGAAGUUGUUGAUAUGGACCUUGAUUCACCAUAUUCACCAGGGUCCAGUGAGGGCGAUGACUUGUUUGAACCGCCGUCGGAGACUGUAAAACCGACUGCAGCAUAUCCACCCAUGAAUACAAGAGCCUCCCAGACACCACAGAAGAAUUUAAGGCAGAGCUUACCAGCAACAGGGAAUACUCCAAAUAAACCACCAGACAAGUUUGAUGCCCUAUUUGGCAUGUCACCAGCUCGUAACAAAGGUUCUACAAAAAUGGGGAAAAUUAAGACUCACCAUGGAAAAACUGGAAAAAUGAAGGGGAAGUUAGGAAAAGGUUCAAAAAAAGAGAUACAGAUCAAAAUGGAUGAAGACCAGCUGCAGAUUUUAGAUGACCUUCCAAGCUCUGCUGUAGAACUUCAAGUAAAAGACAAAUUCCUGAAGAAAUUAAACCGCCAAGAACGAGUAGUUGAAGAAGUCAAAUUGUCUCUGAAACCAUAUUAUACCAGUAAAAAAAUCAACAAGGAAGAAUAUAAAGAAAUAUUACGACGAUCAGUGCCAAAGAUAUGUCAUAACAGAUCUGGGGAAAUCAAUCCAAAGAAAAUAAGUGCACUUGUUGAUGCAUAUGUUACAAAGUACAGAUACCUGAAAAAGAAACAACUUGGUUCCCAGAGAAAACAGUCAAAACCCCCUCGUUUCGACAUAGACAGUUCACACACAAGCGGACAUUAAACUAUCUAUUCUCACAGAUCACCAGAUAGUACAACGCCCAUCAGUAAAUGAGGGAUUCACAGACACAAUCCACGGAAAAGGCUUUUACCAAAUACUCUUCAUUGUAGUAUUGGCAUGGCCAACAUAAAGGACCUGUUGGUAUUGAGUCGCAAAAUCAGAAAAGUCUUUUUUUAUCUUUUUCCUUGUAAUGUAAUUUAAUUAGAACCUAGUUUGUUAAUUACACCCAGAUUUCUUUUAUAUUUUAUCAUAAAUAUGUUCUAUAUACUAGAAUUUUUCAUAUAUUGUAUUUCUCCAAACUGUACAAAGCACUAUCAGAAGUCUAUGCAUAAAAACUGCUGUGUAUAAUUUAGUACAAUGUUAAAUUUUGUUAGUAUUAUAGGUACUAAUUAAAUAUUAACCUUUUAUAUUUAACAAAAUUUUAGAGGUAUCAAAAACAGUUUUUAAUUAAUCAGUGAAUGAAUUAUUUAUGUCUCAUAUUUUAACUUCUUUUAGUAUUAUAGACACUUGGUUAACGAAAGAGUUUUUAUAUGUGACAACAACCAUUAAAGUGUACAGUAAAUAUGUUUUAACUUUUACAAAAUGUAUAUGAGACAAUUUGUUAAUUUUUGUUAGUAUUGUCAGCACUUAGUUGAAAAUGAAUAUCUUAUAUAUGACACAAUUUUAAAUUGGAUGUAAAUUCCUUUUUAUUUGUGACAAAUUAUUUAUGCUUCAUAUUUUUAAUGUGUUAGUCAAAGGCACCUAGUUGUUUAUGCAUUUUUGUAUAUGAUAUUUUAAGUAAAAUGGUUUUUAAUUUCUUGACAACUCAGUUAUUUGUGGUAUUUAUGGUGCAUAAUGUAAUGGGAUGUUGUAUUAGAUUUAAAAGGAGGACUAAAAUAAAUAUAAAUAGAUAAUA